AUGUCAGCUUCUUCCAUCCCGAGAACCCCCUCGAGGAGAUUGACGCGCACAGCUUCGGACCAACACGUUUUCAGCUCCUCGCCCACCAGCCGCACAACGACAGACUCCACCCCAACUCGUCGACCCUCGGCGCUCUCGGCCUCGGGCAGGAAACGAUCGCGCAACGACUUCGACUUGGAGCACGCAGACGAUGGUGCCGUGCCGGCCAGCCCGCUCUCCCGACUCCGUCUCAACACCCCUACCACCCGUUGCCAUGCCACACACCUCCUCGACAGCCCCUCGUCGUCUCGCAUCUCUAGUCUCGCCACCCCCGACGAGCUCUCCGGCUCCUACUUCCCGCUCUCGUCCCAGGACUCGGCGCAGAGCACGCUCUUUGACUGCCAGAGCAUCGCAGAAACCUCCUCGGCACCCACCUCAUCCUGCUCUUCGGACCGCGACGUCUCGCCUCCCGUCCACGCUGCCAUGCUCAAGUCGGCUGCUGCCGACAAGUACUCGAGCGUCUACGCGCAUGCGAGAGCCUUGCUGCGAUACGCCGCUGGUGUAGACCCCGCAGAGACCGAGGCCGGCCUCACCAUCACUGGCGCCACCACUGCCAGCCACGGAGCGAACCACGUCAAGGUGGUGGGCCGCGAGUCCGAGCGCGUCGCCAUCCAGCUCUUCCUCCAUCAGUCUUUUGGCCUCUUUGCCGACGCGCCACAGCGUGCGCGUGCGCUCGGCGUCGAGCUCGACGGCGACUCCGAGGCUGCCUGCCUCUACGUCUGCGGCCUGCCCGGAACCGGCAAGACGGCGCUCGUGCGUUCGGUGCUCAACAGCCUCUCGCAAUCCACCGGCUCGUCCGCCGCAGCGCGCCUCGUCCCGCGCGUCGCCUUUGUCAACUGCAUGACGCUCUCCCACCCGCGACUCAUCUUUGCCAAGGUGCUCCAGGCGCUCGGCUCCAACGCCGCCGAGGGCCAGUCGGAUGCCGUCGCCGAAGCCCAACUCUCGACGCUCAUCCGCGACGGCCACCAGCGCAUCCUCAUCGUCCUCGACGAGAUGGACCACCUCCUCCAGAGUCGCGCACACCAGAACAUCCUCUACAAGCUCUUCUCGUGCGCCAACAGUCGCGGCUGCAGCCUCAUCGGCAUUGCCAACUCGCUCGACCUCACCGAGCGCUUCGUGCCGCUCCUCGCCAGCAAGGGCGCCUCCCCCGCCCUGCUUCACUUCCGCCCCUUUGAGGCAAACGAGAUCGUCUCUGUCAUUCGCGACCGUCUCUCGGGCCUCCACGCGCGCUACGACGACGACAGCGACGAGCAGCAGCAGCAGCAGCAGCAGCAGCAGCAGCCUGCUCCCGAAGCCGACGAUGCGCUUCCGCUCUUCACUCCGACCGCCGUCGAGCUGCUCGCCAAGAAGAUCGCCAGCGCCACGGGUGAUCUGCGCAAGGCGCUCGACGCCGCGCGUCUGGCGGUCGAGAUGGUGGAGAACGAGCAGCGCAAAAAGGCGGUCGCCGAGGCUGAAGCCGAGCGCGCCAAGGCUGCAGCCAACGCCGCGACGGUGUCGGAGCAGGCAGCGCCGGAGCAGGAUACGGCUGCGCCAGCGUCUGCAUCCGCGCCGACGGCCGAGGAGCAUGCGGCGGGGCGCGCGACGGUGCUGCGCCACCUCACGCGCACCAGCGCACCCAAGGCGACGCCGACACACAUCCUCAAAGUGCUCACAGCCGUUCUGGGCUCUCCGAACCUGUCCAAGGUGCGCAGUCUAGGUGUGCACCCGAAGCUGGUGCUGCUUGCUGUGCUGGUUGCGCAGGCACGUGCCGAGCAGGGUCUCGGUGUGCUUGGCAGUGCCAACACUAGCGGUUCGGCGGGCGGGGGGCUGCGCAUUGCGGAUGUCGAGUCGACGUACCAUGCGGUGCUCAAGGCGGAGAACGGGCUAUUUUCGCCGCUCGAAGGCUCGGAGCUCCUGGGCGUAUUCGACAUGCUGGAGGUGAACGGCGUGAUCCGCAUCUCGAGCGACGUCGAGACGUCCACUCUUGCGCCGGGAGUGGGUGGGGCUGUGGUUAGCAGUGGGGUGAGUCCGAGCGGGAAGAGGGCGGCGAAGAAGCAGUUGCUGGCGAGCAGUAGGCGGGUGUACCUCGCCAUGGCGGCGGACGAUGUCACGCGCGGGAUUACCACCUCGGCACCCGCAAGUGCGACGGUAGGCGUGGCGAAUGGAGGUGUGGCGGUGGCCGAGACGAUCGCACGCGUGUAUGCGCGCGAGAAGGAUCGUGCCGUCAAGGCCAAGUUGUACCACUCGAUCGCCACCGAAAACGCCCGUAUCCGUCAAGAGGAACUGGGUGGUGGACGAAUGGCUGUUCCCAUCGGCUCGUUCUAA